GCAACACUGUGUCAAACUCGUUUUUUAUUUACGCACCCAGUGGACAGCUGGUGGAAUCAAUCAAUUUGUGUUUUGUAUAUCUCUGUAAAUAGUAUAUUAAAAGCCACAGUUACAAUAAAAUGCUUAAGCAAAAACUCGCGGCCUUGGGUCAUCCAUCGCCCAACGAUGUGGCCUUGAGCAACCGCAAGGAAUUCGCAAGCACAAUUCUCUGGCUGGAAGAUCAAAAGAUUCGCCUCUAUACAAUUGAGGACCGCGAUAAAUUGCGCAAUCUACAGGAUAUGAAGUUGUGGGAAGAAGCUUACCUCAAAUAUUGCAGUGACUUAAGCAUGCCCGCAUUGGAUACACAAUUGGAGCAGCUAACUUGGAUUAUUGGACAUGCUAUACGUCUAGAAUAUCUCGAUGAUCCAGAGCAAUAUGGGUCAGUACAGGCUGAAGACAUUGGCGGGCCCAAAAGGAAUGGCACUGCAACAGUGCCACAAAAAGUGCAAACCAUAUUCGAUGGCAAGAUAAAUGUUGACGACAAGGAAUUCAUUGCGGCUGUACGUCAGCUCGCCACCAAGCUGCAGGUGCCCCAUCACCCCAAUCAUUUGCUACAACUGGAGGCAAUUUCACGCAUUGUUCACGAACGUCUCAGUGUAACGGCCAAGGAUCGAAAACCAAUAACCGGCACACCAUUUCCUUUUGACAAGGGCAACGAUGUUGUGGCUGGCACUGAUCCAAAACUGGACUAUCCGAUGCGUAUUUUGCGUCUGCUGCAAAUCCAAAAUCUGCGACAGCUGCAAACACAGAUAAACGAAACCAUUGUUGCCGUUCAGAGUCUGACGGCGAAUCCCAAGACUGACACCAAGCUGGGCAAGGUGGGACGCUAAACAACUCGAGCAAGACGAAAAAAUCGCAACACAAUUGUAAUGAACAAACUAAAUUUACUUAAAAACGAUAAAUUAACUGCCGCGUCUAAAAAACGGA